CUCCGCAUACAACAAGCACUUGUACAGUGAACAGCAGCGCUAUGGAUACACUGCGAAAGAGUACCACUGGGCGCAUGGCGGAGCAGGCAUGCCACGAAUGUCGGCGCCGGAAAUCCAAAUGCAAUCGGAUCAUUCCUUCGUGUCUGCUAUGCAGCAAGUUUGGCAGGCGGUGCAUCUAUGAGAGGCAGGUUAAGACGCCUCUUACGAGGCGGCAUUUGACAGAGGUGGAAGAUGAGCUUGCGCGGACGAAGGCUGUCUUGCGGCAAUUGCAGUCGGGGCAGGAUGCAGGUCCUAGCUAUCAAGAGCGUGGCUCUGAGGACUCACAAGGUACACGAUCACCUAAUGGUGAUACUCAUGGCCGUGACUUUGGUAUUUUGGCCUCGCCGGAGGUUGCGUCCAGUAGACAGGCUUCAACUGCAGACGAACGAAGUGGUGUUAUUGAUAAAACAAAUGACCGGCCAUCACUUGAAAGAAACCUGAAACGAAAUCAUGGAACUCCAUUACAGCCCAAUGCUCCCACUGCUGCCAGUCCUAACCGACCCAUUCUCUCUCCGACCUCGCGCAGAACGUCAUAUCGUCGGACAAGCGGUGAUCCCCGUGAAUCAGAGACGCAUUCCGUUACUACAUCUGGACUAUCUUCAUCUGGACUAUCUUUGGAAGCUCCACCCUCGUCUGGUAGCUUUGAAUGGGAUGAGCGGACUGGGAAGACCAGCGGUGACAGGUUUGUAGAUGGGAUGGCCAGUUUGACAAGUCGUUCGAAUGAAGGGGGCUACCUUGGAGUUGCAUCAGGGGCUGCACUACUUCGGAUGACCGAUUCUCGACCCACAGAGGGAGUGGAUACAUACUGCUCCCCACAGCCAGAGUCCAAUGUCUGCAGACCGCCUGUGUCUUUUGCAUUGACCUCACUAUCUCAGCUUGAGCCUUUUGUUGAUGCAUACUUCCAACUUUAUCACUGCUCUUAUCCCAUCGUUCACGAAGCUACUUUCCGUGCCCAAUUCAUGGAGGUCAUUCCUAGACCCAGUACCAAUGCAUGGCAAGUACUGCUCUUCGUGAUCGCUGCUAUAGGCGCAUUUACAACAGCCAUACAACCUACAGAUGUCGACAUUGGACUAUUCGAGGCAGCCAAAGCACGACUGUCAAUUGACGUCCUGGAGACAGGGAACCUGCUUCUCGUCCAAGCUUUGACGUUGAUUUCCAACUACCUUCAAAAAAGAAACAAGCCAAACUCAGGAUAUAACUACAUGGGGCUUGCUAGGCGAAUUGCUAUGGGAAUUGGUUUACAUAAAGAGUUCCCAACGUGGGAGGCGAAUCUGCUAACUAUAGAGAUGCGUCGACGCUGUUGGUAUUGUUUGUACAUAUUUGACGUGGGAGGGAUUAUCACGUUUUCCAGACCUUUUGACUUUCCUAAUGAUGGGAUUGAUGUUGAGUUGCCUAUGAACGUUCAUGACAGUGACAUCACGGCUGGUUCAAAAAAACGCCCGAAUCCAGCACCAGAAACGACAGUCUAUACACAUCUACGAGCCCAAUCUAUAUUCCACCUUGCAACAAGCCCGAUUUACGCACGAAUCAUCUCCUCUCCUUUCCCGUCUGCGACCAGUUUGGCUGAAAUGGACGACCGACUAAUUGGAAAUUGGCUGGCAAACUUGCCUCCAUUCUUCACCGAGAACGCACCACAGAAGCCCAAGUUCCGACUCUGCCAUUCUAUUCUCCGAUGGCGAUAUCGCAAUUUUCGUAUCCUCAUGUUUCGACCGUUCCUAGUGAGCAGGCUUAUGAUACGUCCAGCAGAAAGCAUCCCCGAUAACGAUCCUUAUAUCGACGUAGCCGUCCAACGAUGUCUUGACGCAGCACACGAGUCAGUCGACCUCAUCUGCACAUUCUGGAUAGAAGACUCAAAAAACAUAAUGGCCUGCUGGUACGGUCUAUACUUCCUCUUCCAAGCAAUCCUAAUCCCAGUGAUAUGCCUACGAAACGACCCACAAAGCCCGCUGGUCGUAAACUGGCGAGACCAGAUAUCCAAAGCUAUGCCUGUUCUCGAGUCAAUGGGAGAGCUUAAUCCUACAGCCCUUCGAUGUCUAGGUGUUAUACGCUCAUUGUGUGGAGGGUAUCUUGAUCCGAGUAUGGAUGGGUGGGGGCGUCCUACGGAGGAGUCGCCGCAGACGCAAUUGGCGAGUUUGUACCCAUUAAUGUGGCCGACGUUGGAGAUGGCGCAGCUUGAUGGGGUUGAUUCUAUACUACAAGAAUCGACGAUUAUGGAUUUCAUGAAUCAAUUGCCAGGUCUAGAAUAA